AAUGUAUUGCUGCACACUUACCGGCGAGACUGCGACACAGGUGUUCGACGUCUUUGAACGAGAGAAGGAGCGCCGUGGCGUCGCAGGCGAUCAUCUCUGGGGCGCAAACUGGGCGACGAGCUUGACGGCAUCCAUCAAAUUCUUGGCCAUGCCCGAAGCCAUCUCGAAGACCGCCUUCACGACCGACAAGUAGUCGAUCGCUUUCGCCACCGUCUCCAUGUGAUCCUUCACACGCGCGAUGGUGCCGUUCCAGGACACGGACGGCAUGGCGAUUUCCACGCCACCACUCGCGGCGGCGGCGGACGCGAGCCAGUCCCUCGCAAGCUUGAUGGCCAACUGAAGCAGCUCUAUCACACUUUGCCUGGUGUGGCAAAGGAAGCAGCAGAUGACAUAGCCAGGGACUUUGAGCACCCAAAGCAGCAGCAACACGAGCACGGCUACCCCUUUGAAGAGAAGAAGAGAGACUACGUUGGACAACGAGAUUAAGCUAUUGAGCAGCAACGCGACCGCCAUUAUUACCAAUGGAAGAAGAGGUGAGACGUAGUUGCUUCGGGUCUUUGAACAUGAGAUUUAAGCGAGAAGAAUCUGUAGCACUUGGAAAUCUGCAAGUAGUCUGCAUCAUCAUGCUGAGCACUCCUUAUCCAUUUGCUGAUCGCACAACAGGAAGUUGACAUUGCUAGCAGAUGUUAUGCCUGGCUUUGAACAUUCUGGCUGACACAGACUCUUAGUAUCUUAUAUCACACCGAACCCUCAGAUCAAUUCUUUUCUUGCGACGUCAAGUCCAACAAAAACGAAGACCGAGAUGGAAUCGAUUGCUUUCACGCAUGGUGAUGGUCCAACCAUAGUUUCUCAUCAACAUGACGAUCGGAUGAAACGAUGCUUCUACCCUGAAUGCCUCCUUCCUAAAGAAAUAUCUCACACUAUUAUUGCCCAUAAGCUGUUUGUUAAAUGUUCACACAGAGGUCAACCACUUUGGGGAACCAAUGCAGGAUUCACAAUGUAAUAAUAUCACUUACGUUAAGCUGUUGGUGGAUUUUAGGUUUAUGGUUGGGCAACUUAUGAUUUAUUAUUAAUGUUAGAUUAAUUAUUAAUGGAAUAAUUAAAGAAAAUAGAAUAUGUGAGAAACCUCAUCUCUUGUUGCCCAAAGAUCAAGUCGCAUGGUACCCAUUCAACUGAAGCCAAGUCAAACUGAGAGGGUGAGACGAUGGCGCAUUCUUUUGCGUGUGAGUAUGUCUGUGGCAGUCCCAAGAGCGUGUCCCAUCUUUUGGAGAGUUGGGGAAGAAAGCUAUAUAUUAUAUGUUCACACCACCCCUGCCACUAUGUACAAAGCUUGAACUACAGGUUUCACGCUUCUCUCUCUCUCUCUCUCUCACUGUAGCUCGUGUGGUGCAAUUGUUCUCUUCCACGGAGGAGAAACUGUCGUUUCUGCACCUCACCGUGCUAAUGAUCCUCCUUCUCCUUCUCCUCUUGCUCUGCUUCUCCUCCCCCCCGGGUUAGCACCUCUUAAUUCCCAUGUCGAAAUGUUCUGUUCUACUGCACUUUGUAUCUGUUUUCAGGGCUUUGUGACGCUCUGUUCGCGUCUAUGGCAGUCAAAGGUGGGAGCUUUACGAGGCUGGGCGUUAACUAUGGCACCCUGGGUGACGACCUCCCCUCCGCCGCCCGUUCCGUUGCCCUCCUCCAGUCUCUUGGCGCCGGCGCCGUGAAGAUCUACGACGCGAACCCGGCCAUCCUCCGCGCCCUUGCCGGCACUGGCCUUCGCGUCUCAAUCAUGGUGCCCAACGAGAUCGUCCCCUCCCUGGGCGCUAACGCUUCGCUCGCCGACGCUUGGGUGGCCGACAACCUCGCGCCCUUCUACCCUGCCGUCCGCGUCCGAUACCUCCUCGUUGGCAACGAGAUCCUUUCCGACGCCUCUCUCGCCAACUCCACCUGGCCCUUCCUCGUCCCCGCCAUGGCCAACAUCCACCGCGCCCUCCGCGCCCGCUCCGUCUGCGACGUGAAGGUCGGCACGACCCUCGCCAUGGACGCCCUCGCGACCUCCUUCCCGCCCUCUGCUGGCGCCUUCCGCGCCGACAUCGCCGGGCCUGUGAUGCGCCCCCUCCUCGACUUCCUCAGCAGGACUCGCUCCUACUACUUCGUCGACGCGUACCCGUACCUCGCCUGGGCCUCGAACCCGUCCUCCAUCCGCCUCGACUACGCCCUCUUCGCCGCCAACUCGUCCUUGAGCUACAUCGAUCCGGGGAGCAACCUGACCUACACCAAUCUGUUGGACCAGAUGUUCGACGCGGUGGUGGCGGCGAUGCGCCGGCUAGGGUUCAGAGGCGUCCCGAUCGCCGUGGCGGAGACGGGUUGGCCGAACGCCGGAGACCUGGACCAGAUCGGGGCCAACGUCCACAAUGCGGCCACCUACAACCGGAACCUCGCCCGGCGGAUGGCGGUGCGGCCGGCGGCGGGGACGCCGGCGCGGCCGGGAGCAGCGAUGCCGGUGUUCGUCUUCUCGCUGUACAACGAGGACCGGAAGCCGGGGCCAGGGACGGAGCGUCACUGGGGCCUGCUGUCCCCCGACGGGAAGCAGGUGUACGAGGUGGACCUCAGCGGGCGGCGGCCGUUGGAGUCGUACCCACCGCUUCCGCCGCCGGAGAACGACGUGCCGUACAUGGGGAAGAUCUGGUGCGUGUUAGACGCCGAGGGAAAGGCGGCGGCGAACACGACGGCGGUGGGGGCGGCGCUGGCGUACGCGUGCGGGCAGGGAACCGGCACGUGCGACGCCAUCCGGCCGGGCGGCCCGUGCUACCAGCCCAACACGCUGGUGACGCACGCGAGCUACGCGUUCAACUCGUACUGGCAACAGUUUCGGCAGGCGGGCGGGACGUGCUUCUUCGACGGGCUCGCCGUGCAGACCAAGGCCGACCCGAGUUAUGGAUCUUGCAAAUACCCAAGUUUGACAAAGUAAGGAGAAGGAACACUAUCAACAAGUCAAACUAACAUGCAAUUUGCAGUGCAAUAUGCAUUUUGAGGGUCAUAUUUUAUUCUUUCAA